GGGCGACCGAAUCCCCAUUUACCAGGUGGCGCUUCGGCUUGCUGCUUGAGCUGCUAAGCUAGCUGUGCGCGCCUCUGCUCCAUCCCACUUGCUGCGCACGGGCCACUGUCAAACGGGUCCUGAUCAACCACGAUAAACGCCCGGACUACAAUAGGUACAUGCAGCAACAACAGUGAAUGCUCACGACACAGCAAACACUCCUGUGACCGGCUUCCCCAAUUGGACUGUGCCACUGCCGUGACUGGAUUUGGUCGCUGGCCCAGAUCCUUGGUCAAUCCCACAGCAAGUACCCGUAACAUACAUCAACAGGCGCUUUGGUGACUGCUGCUGCCUUGAGCAAUUCACCUAGUCUAUGCCUAACACUUCUGUUCGCAACUUGGCCAGUCACGAGGAUCGCCCUUUUUGAGGACAACGCUUAACAGUCACCCAACCCCGUGACACCAAACACAGACACUCACUGACACAAUGGCUGCGCUGGCGCCCGACGACGACGAGCUCGAAGGCUCGCUCUCCGACUCUGACAUCUCCCUUACCUCGACGGUGCAAAGCGAGCCGCAGGAUGAAUAUGACGUAGAUUGCAUUGUGGCGGAAACGGUGACUGAUGACGGCGACAAACGGUAUCUCGUCAAGUGGCAGGGUUAUGAUCACCAUAGAAACACGUGGGAAGGCCUUACUAGUUUCAAUGGCCGCACACCGUUAGACAAUUGGGAAUUCAGCCAAACGGAGAUUGCAAAAGGACUGAAGGAACCAUUCAACGUAGAGGAAUGGGAGAAAGGUCAAAGGCAGCUUGCAGAAGAAUCCCAGCGCAGGAAGGCCCUGAGAAGGACCAAGCGUCGCAAGCUCGCGCUCGCAGACCAAGAUAAAAGCGCUCCCCCAACAACAACAACAACUUCCGCGCUCUUCUCUGAAGAUAAAGGGCCCGGCAGGCCACGCCGGCCGCGCGACCAAGAAGAAACUAUGGGUAAAAAGAAACCUGACCCGAAUGUCAGGUCAUUCGCAACAGCGACUGAUGCUAUUCGCAACCUCAACGCUCCGCGAUCUGAACGCCCUCCUGACCUUUCGCAAAUGGACUUCAUAGACCCACGAAGCGGCGCCGAGGAGCCUCGGGUCAGAGAGUUCUAUAACCGCCGCAAAUCCAUUCAUGAUGCUCCAGAAUACCGCCCUAGGCAACCCCAUGAAAGCACCCGUCCCCAUGGCCCACAACAGGACCCUGAAGAGCAUGAACCGGAUCGUCCCUACCGCCGUCCGUCAGACCAAGAAGGGUAUGACCAGAGUCGUCCCCACAGCCGUCCGUCAAAUCAAGAGAGGUAUGACCGGGGCCGUACCCUCCACCGUCCGCCUCUUCAAGGUGGACUUGAAGGUAGCAAUCAACAUCAGACUGUCGGCUCUUUCAACGCGCCGGCGGCAUUGUCAAACAUAUUCGGCGCAGUUCGUCCAGACAACCCUGUUCAUCCGUCAGCACGCCCGCCGCCAAGCCCGUCUCCUCCUCCUAUGCCAAUUGGAGGACCAGUGACAUGCUUCUUUUGGGCGGAGCAACAACGUGGUAGGGGUUUUGGAUGCCUCAAGGGAGCUGACUGCAAGUAUUUACACGAGGACACAGGCAAUAUUGCAGCACCACCGCCAAAUUAUGAUCCUUCACUGGAUGUCCGUCCCAAUCAUCCUAAACCAGAAGCUCUCACAUGUUUCUACUGGUACCAAGGCCACAUCGGUAAAGGAGAAGGAUGCCGUUUCACAGAAGAGACGUGUAGAUUCUUCCACAGGAACACGGGUUUGGUCGGAAAUCCUCUCACGAAGAAAUCAAUGCGUGUCCCGAUGGAUACGCCGGCGUUGCCACUUGUCCAGCCGCCGAAAGACCCUCACUUCAACCCUCCUUCGGGCCCUGAGUCGCUUGCGCAGUUAAACAAACAGCUGAGGAAUGAUUCGGGUGCUUCACACGACCCACGCCUCCCCGAAGUUCCCUUUAACGCCAUUCGUCUGCUUUUAGACAUAUCGGGAACUGAAAAUGACGGACAAACCUGCGAGGUUGCUAUCAGUGGAAUACCCUUUUCCAACAGACCAGUCUUUAGCAGCACUGCAGAGGAAUGUGCUAAGUCCCUCAACAUUGACACGAGCACAGGAAAGUGUCUCAGCAUCAAAAUCACCUGUCCGGGGUCUGAAUAUCGGGAGAAGCACCUCACCUCCAAGCUGAGUGAUAUGUGCGAGAUCAUCCCCACCUCAACAGCGUCAGUGGCCACCUUAGAGGGUUUAGCAAAGUACCUCAGGCGGAACUCAUGUGCUGCUCUGGUUCUUCAGGAUUCUUUUGCAUUGGCAAUCUUUCCUUUGAGCCAAAGAGAGUGGAAAAGCUUUGCAUCUCCCUCGCUUGCAACGUCACAUGCAGCACUGGGAUGCCAUUUCCGGGACCCGAUUAUGUUUCACAUGCCUCUAAUCAACUAUCCCGAGGGUGUCACGGCCCCCGAAAAGAAAGUCGCGGAUUUGUUGUCCAAGCUGUUCAAGAUCGAAGACCACAUGAUUUUUUUCAAGUGGUAUACUGGAGAGUUGCUUGACAAGAACGUCUUCGUGAUGGUCGAUUUAGACGACUCUAAUGAACGGCUCAAAAAGGACUUGGACUUGAUGUCCCGUUAUUUCCACGCCCUAGGGGCCAGAUGUUUCCACGUUGGAUUACCGACGUCAUGGGACUAUUGGCUCCGAUACGUCGAGUCUGGUUGCGUUGUGCUCCACCCGGCCCAGUGGAAAUACCACAGAAUCCCAAAGCUCGCCGACUUGCUUCUUUCCGCCACCAAGAAGAUAAACUUUAUCGAGAUCGGCAGGGAUAUUUUCUCACCAAAUUUCAGUUCCUCAAGCGGUGGCAUUCCACCCCACAUCACCUAUAGGCAUUUGUUUUUGACAGGAGCAGCCAUUAUGGUUACUGACGACCUAUUCGAAGACCACCCGGCUGACGCCUUUUCGAUUAUCGAGGCUUUCUUACAGACCCAAAAUGCACUCCCUAAAUGGAGACGGCAAUACAACAAGAUUGCCGCCCGACCAGACCUUAAGGCCUGGUGCUUGGAACUUGCGGAUAAGGACAAGGGAAAAAACUUAAACAUUCGCCUAAAGACCUUCGACAGAGUCUCCUUUUUCAUACAGCCAGAGAUAAAGUACAAGCACGGCAAGCCUAGCAAAGAUGCUCAGAUUGUCGAGAUUGAGGCGGUUGGUGACCACGCCGAGCACUGGAAACGGGACCCGACAGAGGCUACGGACUGGUUGGUCGUCCAAUUUGCAGUCUGGACCUCGUUCAACGCGGACAAGCACCGCAAGUUCGUCGUCGUUCACGGGCCUGGCUGGGAGCCUAAAUGUCCCGAAGACCAUCAGAACAUCAGGUUCAUGGACUCGGACAUGGCUCUAAGGGAGAUCCUUCCCGUUAACAAAAGGGCGCAGUCAAGUCGUAAGGGUGCGGAGGCUGCAAGCGGCGCAGGAUGAUUGAUUGCUUUCUUCUUUUCCAUCGGCCGAAUGAUGGUCUAACCUUACCUCUGCUCUCCACGGCUUCCUUUCCUACAGCCACUCCUUCUCCCACUUAGCACUUAGCAUACUUAGAUACCCCACCCGUACGUACAAGUCCAUAGCCCUUGCAUGCAAAUACCAAAUCAACACUACAAAACCUACGCAGCCACGCGCGAAUAAACGCUCCGCCGUCCGGACAAAGAGGGUCGCACAGCGUUGCGCGCGCGCGCGCCGCCUACCUGCGCGGCUGCCUUCUAUUGGUGCCGC